AUGGAAACAAUUGAUAUACAAAAUCGAUCAUUUGUUGUUCGUUGGGUAAAAUGUGGCCGUGGCGAUGUAAUCAAUUAUCAGAUCAAGCCAUUGAAGAAAUCUAUUGAAGUUGGCAUAUAUAAGAAGUUGAAAUCCAGUGUAGAUGACCAUGCUUCUGCGGUUCACAUUGCGCCUGACACGAAAACAUUACUGGACUAUACAACCAAAUCUUUAUUACAUAAGGGAAGUUCGGGUCAUAUUGAAGAGCAUCACAGGCGUCCUUCGCAGCACUCUCAUAAUUCAAGUAAUGGACCGGAUAAUAAGAGGAAGGAGAGAUCGUAUUCCUCACUGUCCAUUAGUGGUAUACAGCAGCAAUCCCAGGAAAUACCCCUACGUGAAAAACUCUCUGCGUCAGGAUUCACCUUGGUCAAGAGGGUCGGCAACGUUUCAGGUAACACUAUGGUUCAGGGCGAUCUGGAAGUAAAAGAUACAGAUUACUAUUAUGCAUUUAUACUGGACAACUCGUCCUCCAAAAAUGCGAAAAAGAAGAUUCUUUUCAAUGCGAGUGUCAUAAAUGGCGAUAAUCAAUCGAUGAUAAGCACGAGAUCCACUCCUCCAGCAAGGCCUGUGGCUUUAAGCAGAACAUCGACCCAACAGGAUAUGCUGUUUAGAGUGGGACAAGGUCGUUACUUGCAAGGCUACCUGUUGAAAAAAAGGAGAAAGAGACUACAAGGUUUCAAAAAGAGGUUUUUUACCUUGGACUUUCGAUACGGAACUUUAUCGUACUACUUGAACGACCAUAACCAGACUUGUAGGGGCGAAAUUGUCAUAAGUUUGUCAUCUGUGAGCGCCAACAAAAAGGACAAAAUAAUCAUAAUCGAUUCUGGUAUGGAAGUUUGGGUUUUAAAAGCCACGACUAAAGAGAAUUGGCAGUCGUGGGUUGAUGCAUUACAAUCCUGUUUUGAUGAUCAGUUCGAAGAUAAGGAUACCUCCACUUUGGAGGAAAAUCCUGGUAUUCUUGACGAUGACAAGGAAGUAAAUAAUAAAGGCUCUCUUCAAGACCGUGACCAGCUUGCACCCAUCGUUACUACUAAAAGCACGCCAUCACACAAACAGUCUACCCAGAAAGAUGCGGAUGACAUAUAUGUGCCACUACCCAGCGAAUCCUACGCUACUUUUUCCAUGAACCUACGUUUGAUUCAACAACGACUAGAGCAAUGUAAAAAGGACUCGUUAUCUUAUAAGCCAACCGUACUACAUCAAAGAUCUGAAGGGUUAAAUGGAACACAUUCGUCAUCUUCUGUCUUGACUAAUAAUAGAGUGUCUUCAUUCAAUCAUUCCUCUUCCGGUAUGACAUCGUCUGAUUCUUUAGUCUCUGAGGAGGUUCCUUCCAGCACGACGCAUACGAAGCAUGCUUUAUAUAAUCAACUGGCAGAUCUCGAAGUGUUUGUCAGCCGAUUCGUUACACAAGGGGAGGUUUUAUUUAAAGACCACCAGAUCUUGUGUAAGAAAGCAAAAGAUACGAGAGUUUCUCUAACUUCGUAUCUUAGUGAGAAUGAUGAAUUUUUCGACGCAGAAGAGGAAAUCAGCCGGGGAGUCAUUUUAUUACCUGACACAGAAGAUGAUAUUAACAACAUAGUCGAAGAAAUCCCUCUUCUUGGGAAAAGCGACCAAAAUGAGUUUACAACAGAGGUCGAACUGUCUGCACACGAACAGAUGGCUUCAUCAAGUGUGGAGAGCUACACAACUAACGAUGAAAGUCAUAGCCGCAAACACUAUAAGAAUCGCCAUAAAAAUCGUCGUCGUGGCCACCUACAUCAUCAAAAAACCAAAAGUACUCAAUCUUCAACAGAAACAUUCACAAGUAAGGAUUUGUUCGCUCUUUCCUACCCAAAGACUAUUUUACGCCGUAAUGACAUACCUGAAGCUGCAGCUUCUCCGCCAAGCCUACUAUCUUUCUUGAGAAAGAAUGUAGGCAAAGAUUUGAGCUCUAUUGCUAUGCCAGUAACUUCAAAUGAACCUAUUUCUAUCUUGCAGUUGAUAUCAGAAACAUUUGAGUACGCUCCUCUUUUAACGAAGGCUACUCAACGCCCCGAUCCUAUAACCUUUGUUUCAGCAUUUGCUAUUUCCUUUCUUUCCAUAUACAGGGAUAAAACAAGGACGCUAAGAAAACCGUUUAAUCCGUUACUGGCUGAAACAUUCGAACUAAUACGAGAAGAUAUGGGGUUUAGACUUAUAUCGGAAAAGGUUUCUCAUCGUCCCCCAGUAUUUGCCUUUUUCGCAGAGCAUCUCGACUGGGAGUGUAGUUAUACUGUGACACCAUCCCAAAAGUUCUGGGGUAAAUCUAUUGAAUUGAAUAACGAAGGUAUAUUGAGAUUGAAAUUUAAGACAACCGGAGAACUAUUUGAAUGGACGCAACCCACAACCAUUUUAAAAAAUUUGAUAGCGGGUGAGAGAUAUAUGGAGCCUGUUAAUGAAUUUGAAGUACAUUCUUCGAAAGGAGACAAAUCACACAUCUUGUUCGAUAAGGCAGGUAUGUUUAGUGGGAGAUCUGAGGGAUUUAAAGUAUCGAUAAUCCCGCCAGCUUCAAGUGACCGCAAGAAGGAAACUCUGGCCGGUAAAUGGACGCAAAGUUUGGCUAAUGAAACCACACAUGAAAGUUUAUGGGAAGUUGGUGAUUUAGUUAGCAACCCGAGGAAAAAAUAUGGGUUCACUAAAUUCACCGCAAAUUUGAAUGAGAUCACUGAAAUUGAAGAAGGCAAUCUACCACCCACGGACUCAAGGCUAAGACCAGAUAUUAGAGCAUAUGAGCAGGGAAAUGUUGAUAAGGCUGAGGAGUGGAAGUUGAAGUUGGAGCAACUUCAGCGUGAAAGACGUAAUAAUGGGCAAGAUGUGGAACCUAAAUAUUUCGAAAAAGUAUCUAAGAAUGAAUGGAAAUACAUAACUGGGCCUAAGAGUUAUUGGGAAAGAAGGAAGAAACAUGAUUGGUCCGAUAUUCCCCAUCUAUGGUAA